AUAUAUAUAUAUAUAUAUAAAUAGAUGGAUUCAGGUUAUGGUAUCCUGAAUACUUUUGCUCCAUGUCUACUGAGCAUCUGGAGUUCAAUCAUUUGGAGGUUUUGCAUGGGUGUAUUUUGGUACUCUCUUCGGCUCCUUCUCAGAGUUGUGCAUAUUGGGCAAGAUCUCACUCACACCAUCUUUUGUUAUUCAAUUUCAAACGGGUUGAUAAAUAAGUAUAAGAACUUGGACUUGCAUAAUCUUCGAUGUCUAGCUGUCGUCAUUGACAGUGAAGAUGCAAAGAAUAUCGGAAAAAUCAAGAAGCUUUUGCACUCUUUGUCAAAGAUUGGCGCAAUGAAUGUAAUCUUGUAUGACACCAAAGGCGUGCUGAAAAAGUACAUGGCAUCUUCAAAGCUUUUCUGUAAUGCAAAAACUACCUGCUUUGAUGCCGAUCGAAGAACUGUGACUUUGAUUCUACAUGGAGAUCAAAUAACAAUAGAAUUUCUAUCCUUUUCCGAUAACAAAGAGAUAAUCAGUAAAGCUGCUAAUUUCCUCUGUUCAAGACAAUUGAAAAGCAAUUUACUUGCACCCCAUAAAAUAGAACCUGUUUUUACUGAUACUGACUUGUUAAAUGCUCUGAAGAUGGCAGGUUGUGGAGGAUUGCAUCCUGAUCUACUUCUUGUUUAUGGACCUGCUAGAUGUCACUUAGGCUUUCCUGCAUGGAGAUUGCGAUACACCGAAAUUAUAUAUGAUCAUGAAUUUAAUUUCAGGUAUAUGGGACCAUUGAAAUCUAUGAAACAUGGUGCCAUUGUGAAGGCUGUUUAUGAUUUCUCAAACAGGAACAAGAACUAGAGUUCUUGAGAGAUUCUCAUGGUCUUGUUGGAGAAAACAUGAAGAAAUUUGUCACAGAUUGAUGCUGCUCUUCUUCCGUUUAAUUUGUUUUUUUUUCUUAGAUAACUUUCUGAUGUCUUAUAUUGAUAAAAUUGCAUAUUUA